CGCGUGUGCCAUUGACGUCCAGACUCGGUGAACAUGGCUCAGUUCAAGAUAGGCGAGCCCCUAUGGCAAAAGCUACGGCACUAUGCGUCCUUCCCUCAGACGGGCGUCAGUCUGCGGCAGAUGGUCAUGUUCGGCCAGAAUCCAUCGCAGGGGACACUGCUCAGAGCGAGCGAGUUCCUGGCAGAGGAGCUGCCCAUACGCCUGGCACAUCGUGUGAAGGAGCUAGACGAACUACCAGACAAUCUCUCGACCAUGCCAAGCAUAGAGAAAGUCAAGAAUUGGUAUGCCCAGUCAUUCGAGGAACUCAUCACAUUCCCGAAACCUACACUCAGUCCAGACAUCCAGAAGCUUUUCGUCAAAGCAGCAGCAGACGCACAGCCCUUGCCGGAAUCCAAACCAAAUCCUUCCUUGCCCGCGCACAUGGCACAACCGCUCAACCAUGGUAAUGGCAACGGCAACAAGCGGAGAGUACCUGUUGAGCAUCGAUACUACGCCAACUUCCAUACACAAGACGUCAAAUGGCCGCCCGAGGUCGUCGACUACAAUGAGCGAUUCACAAAGGCACUCACCAUGAUCAAGAAGCGGCACGAUCCCGUCGUCACCACUGUCGCCCAGGGCAUUCUCGAAUACAAGCGCGCUUCCAACAGUGCAGCAGACGUGCUCGACAAAGACAUCCAGACUUUCCUCGACCGAUUCUACAUGUCACGAAUUGGCAUCCGGGUUCUCAUAGGCCAGCAUAUCGCACUCAAUCGACUCGAGCCGCACAAGGACUACGUUGGCAUCAUCUGCACUAAUACGAACGUGCACGACAUCUGCAGGGAAGCGAUUGACAAUGCCAGCUUCAUCUGCGAGGAACACUAUGGCCUCUUCAAAGGCCCGCCUGUGCAACUCAUCUGUCCCAAAGACCUCACCUUUAUGUAUAUACCAUCCCAUCUGAACCACAUGCUUUUUGAAGUCAUGAAGAACAGCUUGCGCGCGACAGUGGAGACUCACGGAGCCGAAGCCGAUUCGUAUCCACCUGUCAAAGUGAUAGUAGCGCAAGGCAAGGAAGACAUCACAAUCAAGAUCUCGGACGAAGGCGGUGGCAUCCCGAGGAGAGCGAUGCCGCUUGUCUGGACAUACAUGUACACCACUGCCGAGCCAGAAUCGGUCGAGCAAGACUUUCAGGGGUCAGACUUCAAGGCACCUAUGGCUGGCUUUGGCUAUGGUCUGCCUAUCGCGCGACUGUACAGCCAGUAUCUGGGAGGAGGGCUGCGAUUGAUCAGCAUGGAGGGCUAUGGGACAGACUGCUAUCUCCAUCUGAGCAGGUUGUCCGAGUCUGCCGAGCCAUUGCAAUAGAUCUUCGUGCUCGU